CUUCUAGAAAGUGAGCUGCGUCGCGAAGUGGAAGAAGCUCAUAACUUGGAAGAUGCCUUAGAUGCUCUGGAUUCGGAUGAAGGGCAGGGAAAUCCUCAAGCUGAACAAGAAGAAUACGAAAAAUGGAAAGUUCGUGAAUUACGGCGAAUCAGAAGAGAUCGUGAACAACGCGAGGCAGCUUUGCAAGAAAAGAACGAAAUUGAACGCAUACGACAGAUGACUGAUGAACAGCGUCGUGAAGAAUUUCUGCGCAACCCAAAGAAAAUUAUCAACCAGGCGACCAAAGGGAAAUACAAAUUCCUUCAGAAAUACUAUCACCGAGGCGCUUUCUUUGUCAGCAGUGUGGAAGAUCAAGUUUUCCAACAGGACUUUGCUCAACCCACUCUGGAAGACCAUUUCGACAAAACCAAAUUGCCAACAGUCAUGCAGGUCAAAAAUUUCGGUCGUGCCGGACGCACCAAAUAUACCCAUUUGGUUGACCAAGAUACCACGGCGUUUGACUCUCCAUGGUCUACAAGCAAUCCCCAUAAUAUCAAAUUCCAGGCAACUCAUGGUGGUGGUUUCAAGCAGCUGUUUGAUAAACCGCUGACCAAGAAGUACAAAUCUAACAAAAACUGA